UUGAGGGGCUGUCCAUCAGGACAGACAGACCACAUCCGUCAGCUCACCAUGUGGAAGGCAGCUCUCCUGACCUUUGGCCUGCUGGUGGCGCUGGUGGACACAGUCCGGGGCAACGAUGUCCACCCUUCGUUCUACGGGGUGAAGCUCUCUCCUGCUGGCGAGGAGAUCUUUGAUCCAUGGAAGACAAACACCGUCCCUCAACUGACCAGUGAACAGGAUCCAACAAAGGCCCAAGCAUGGAAACGACAGAUGUUGGACGUGGCCUCCCUGGCGGCUGGAUUCAGCCGCCCGGCUCCCUCGGCAGAUUCGGAGGAGGUGAUGGAGGCUCUGAAGAGCGAGGACAGGAAGCAGCGGGACGCGGUGGUCGGACUGUCCAAUGCUUGCUGCAAGUGGGGCUGCAGCAAGAGUGAGAUCAGCUCUCUGUGCUGAGACCGGUCUCUUCUUGUCUUGUCGACAAUGGAACUCUGCUCUUUUCCCGUGUAUUUUUUCCUACCUUUAAAUGCAGAGUGUUGAAAAUUUCACAUUGAUACGGAAAACUAUCUGUGUUUAUUGUUGACAUAAAUUGAUAUCAAUUGUGACUCAGUUUGACAAUGUUUUAUGUAGGUUUUUUGAGUGUCUUGGCUCUAAAAUUUUAUUUCAUAAUGUUACAAAACUUCCACUUACUGUAAAUCCCAUUUCACAAGUUCAAUACUGUCAACAGUUUUGAAAUAAAGGAAGCAAUGACGA